AUGAAAGACCAAGUCAAAGCUGAACUAGACAGAAUGCAAGAGUUAGGUGUCAUCACACCAAUCUCAGAGCCCACUGACUGGGUAUCUUCUAUGGUUGCUACCAACAAAAAGGACAAGAAGGAAAUCAGGAUCUGCAUCAACCCUAAGGACUUAAACACAGCUCUAAAAAGACCACAUCAUCCAAUGCGCACAGUGGAUGACGUAGCAUCACAAAUGUUCCUGCGGAUGCCGUUUGGGAUCAGCUCUGCUAGUGAAGUGUUCCAGCGCACCAUGGAGCAGAUCUUCGCCGGCUACCCCUGUGCAAUUAUUGUGGACGACAUACUCAUCGGAGGCAAGGACAUUGAGGAACAUGACGCAAACUUAAGAAAAGUUCUCAACAGAGCCAGAGAGGUCAAGUUGAGACUCAACCCCCUCAAAUGCAAGUUCAGGCUAAACCAGGAACUAAGAGAGCACACUGCUACCGACCCAACUCUCCAAAUGCUCAGCAGCACCAUCAAACAUGGCUGGCCAAACAGACUGCACAGUCUCCAGACUGCUGUGCGUCCCUACUUUCCUUUCAGGGAUGAACUGACUAUUGAGGAUGACAUCGUCAUGAAAGGACAGAGAACGGUGGUCCCCCAAUCCUUACAAAAGAUGUACGUCAGCAUGCUACACAGGGGACACCCUGGUGCAGAGGCAACAAAACGGAGAGCGAGAGGUAUUGUGUUCUGGCCGACUAUGACAAAGGAUAUUGAAGAGGAAGUGCAGGCAUGCUCAGUGUGCAACAGUACAAAACCACACCAACAGAAGGAGCCGCUUCACUUACACCCUGUUCCAGAGCUGCCCUGGUCAACUUUAGCAGCAGACAUCUUUGACUGGUACAACCAGCAGUACCUGGUUCUUGUGGAUUCCUUCUCAGGCUGGUUUGAGAUUGACCUGUUACGUGAUCUCACAUCUGCUACAGUCAUUGGUAAGCUGAAACGUCACUUUUCAGUCCACGGAGCGCCUCACACUCUCAUUACAGACAAUGGACGACAGUUUGCAAGUCAGCGCUUUAAAUACUUUGCAGAACAGUGGGACUUCACUCAUGUAACAAGCAGCCCUGAGUAUCCCCAAUCUAAUGGACUAGCAGAGAGAGCUGUCCGUAGUGCUAAAAGUCUCAUGGAGAAAUCUCACAGAGAUAAAACCGACGUCUUUCUCAACCUGCUCAACUUAAGGAAUAUACCCCGUGACACCAAACUUGGAUCUCCAGCACAAAGACUCAUGUCGAGACAGACACGCACUACUCUCCCUGUCUCCAAAAGACUGCUUGAACCCAAAAUGUGCAAGCCUGAGGAAGUGCAUGCUCAGCUUCUCGCGAAAAGGAUCACACAAAAGACCUACUAUGACAAGACAA